CAUCGCGUUCCCACCCGGUCAGACCGGGCCCGGAGAGUAGGUGUCCGCGGGUGCUUUUCGCCCAAGGGGUUGGCAAGGAAGUGAAGUCCACGAGACCGACGUUGACUCGUGGGACCCCGAGGCGAGGCCAGGGCCAGGCUUCCUUAUCUGCGGAAUCGCUCAGGCAUUUUGUACGCGUCGCCAGCCUCCUGAAGACUUGGGUUCUCCAUCUUUAAAGUGAAGGCGACAACCCCUUCCCAGUCGCUCUCCUGGGAAUGCAGCGAAGAACCGAGGGAAAAGCCAUUUAAGGAGCCAGGACUCUGUCUGGAGUCGGUCAGACCUGGAUUCAAGACCUGGUUUUGUCGUUUUCCAGCUCUGCAACCUUGAACCAGAGAGAGUCCUCCUCUCAAGGGGGGCUGGUGAUAAAAUCACACUUUGCUGGAGCGGUUGCUAAGAGGACUCCAUCGAAAGGGUUGAGAACAGUGCCCAGCACCGACGUGUUCAGUAAAGAGGGCUAUUAAUCUACAAGGUUUCCCUGUUGAAGAGCUGGCCCGCCCUGUCCAAAGAUGUGGGGUCACUGCUGCUCAACACCUUUGUUGGACCAGAUCCCUGCCAGCACGAUCCCAUGCUUGGACCCCAAGGUGGCCAUGGAGGCUGGCGGGCUCCCCCUGGAGCUGUGGCGCAUGAUCCUAGCCUACCUGCACCUGCCUGACCUGGGCCGCUGCAGCCUGGUGUGCAGGGCCUGGUACGAGCUGAUCCUCAGCCUGGACAGCACGCGCUGGCGGCAGCUGUGCCUGGGCUGCACCGAGUGCCGCCACCCCAACUGGCCCAACCAGCCGGAUGUGGAGCCGGAGUCAUGGCGGGAAGCCUUCAAGCAGCACUACCUGGCCUCCAAGACCUGGACCAAGAACGCCCUGGACGCCGAGUCCUCGGCGUGCUUUUCUCUGUUUUGCCGGAGAAGGGAGCGGCGGACCCUGAGGGUUGGGCCGGGCCGUGAGCUGGACAGCCUGGGCAGUGCUCUGGCCAUGGCCAAUCUGUAUGACCGGAUUGUGCUGUUCCCAGGUGUGUACGAGGAGCAAGGGGAGAUCAUCCUGAAGGUGCCCGUGGAGAUUGUGGGCCACGGGAAGCUGGGUGAGGUGGCCCUGCUGGCCAGCAUCGACCAGCACUGCUCCACCACGCGCCUGUGCAACCUGGUCUUCAUGCCGGCCUGGUUCUCCCCCAUCAUGUAUAAGACAACAUCCGGUCAUGUCCAGUUUGACAACUGCAACUUUGAGAAUGGGCACAUCCAGGUCCAUGGCCCAGGCACAUGCCAGGUGAAGUUCUGUGUCUUCAAGAACACCCACGUCUUCCUGCAUAACGUGCCCCUGUGUAUCCUGGAAAACUGCGAGUUUGUGGGCAGCGAAAACAAUUCCGUGACUGUGGAGGGCCACCCGUCUGCAGAUAAGAACUGGGCCUACAAGUAUCUGUUGGGACUGAUCAAGGCUUCUCCCAGCUUCCUCCCCACGGGGGACUCUGACUCCUUACUGCCCUUGGACCUAGAGAGCAGGGACCAGGCCUGGAGCCCAAGGACCUGUGACAUUGUCAUUGAGGGUAGCCAGAGCCCCACCAGCCCAGCAUCUAGCUCCCCGAAGCCGGACUCCAAGCCUGGUUCCCAGGAGGCAGAGGUGGGCAGUGAUGGGGAAGGGGUGGCCCAGACCCCUGACAGCAGCGACGGUGGUCUGAGUCCCAGCGGCGAGGAUGAGGAUGAGGACCAGCUCACAUACCGACUGUCCUACCAAGUGCAGGGCCCUCGCCCCGUACUGGGGGGCUCUUUUCUGAGUCCGCCGCUGCCGGGAGCCUCCAUCCAGCUGCCCAGCUGCUUAGUGCUGAACUCCCUGCAGCAAGAGCUGCAGAAGGACAAGGAGGCUAUGGCCCUAGCCAGCUCCGUGCAGGGCUGCCUCAUCCGCAAGUGCCUCUUCCGGGACGGGAAGGGGGGUGUCUUCGUCUGCUCCUAUGGUCGGGCCAAGAUGGAAGGAAACAUCUUCCGGAACCUGACAUAUGCAGUGCGGUGUAUACACAACAGCAAGAUCGUCAUGCUGAGGAAUGACAUUUACCGCUGCAGAGCGUCCGGCAUCUUUCUUCGCUUGGAGGGUGGCGGCUUGAUCGCUGGCAACAACAUUUACCACAAUGCGGAGGCUGGCGUGGACAUACGGAAAAAAUCCAACCCGCUCAUCCUGUGUAACCAGAUCCACCACGGCCUGCGCUCUGGCAUCGUCGUCCUUGGCAAUGGGAAAGGCGUCAUCCGGAACAAUCAGAUCUUCUCUAACAAGGAGGCUGGCAUCUAUAUCCUGUACCACGGGAACCCAGUUGUGAGUGGGAACCACAUUUUCAAGGGCCGGGCUGCCGGCAUAGCGGUGAACGAGAAUGGCAAAGGCCUCAUCACAGAAAACGUCAUCCGGGAGAAUCAGUGGGGAGGCGUGGACAUCCGCCGGGGCGGGGUCCCUGUGCUCAGGAGCAACCUCAUCUGCUUUGGCUAUUCCGACGGCGUGGUCGUGGGCGACGAGGGCAAAGGGCUGAUAGAAGGAAACACCAUCUAUGCCAACAAGGGCUGUGGUGUGUGGAUGAUGGCGUCCAGCCUGCCCCACGUCACCAGCAACCACGUCAGCUACAAUGGUCUCUACGGCGUGGCGGUGUUCAGCCAGAAGGAUGGCUCCGGCGAGCUCCCUGGAGGCCACGGCGCCCAGGAGAACUUCAGCGAGGACGGGGAUGCCAUCCUCUGGGAGACGGAGCUGGAGAAAGAGGACGAGCCGCUGCGCCGGCCCCUCGCCUUCGCGCUGGUGGAGUCGAACAGCAUUAACCACAGUGGGGCCUCGGGACUCUAUGUGCAAAGCAGCGAGGCCCUGCACAUCGUCACCAAUGUGAUCCAUGCAAACGGAGACCGCGGCAUCACCAUAGCCCAGAGCAGCCAGCUCACCCACGUGACCAACAACAGCAUCUCCUGCAACCGGCAGAGUGGAGUCAAGGUCGAGGCCCAGUGCAAGGUGGAGCUCAGGGGCAAUGGCAUCUACGACAACAGGGGCCAUGGCAUCAUCACCAAGGGUGACAGCACUGUUGUCAUCGAAAACGACAUCAUUGGCAACCGGGGCAGUGGGCUGCAACUGCUGCCCAGGUCUGACACAAAGGUAAUAAAGAACAGGAUCCACUCCUUCCGGGCCUACGGCAUUGCGGUGCGCGGCCGAGCCAAGGCCCUUGUGCAGGAAAACAUCAUCUUCCAGGGCAAGACCAACAAGACCAUCUUUCAGCAGAUCUCCAACAACAGAGAAUGCGUCAUGCAGAACAACAAGUUCCUGGUCUUCAAGAAAAAGUCUGACACAUGGCGUCUAGUGAACCCACCAGCGCGGCCUCACCUGGAACACUCUCUCAGAGGCCCGUCCGUGGCACACAGUGGGCAGAAGGUGGCCGCCAUGGCGACCCGGCUCACAGCCCGCGUGGAGGGUGGCUACCACAGGAACCGCAGCAUCUUCUGCACCAUCCUCUGAGGAUGGAGACUGCCUCCGCUCAGGCCCGGGCCCGGGUGACUCCGGGACAGUAGCCGCAUCCCUGCUCUCAGGGCCAGGCCCUGACAGGUGCUCACAGAGCUCGCCGGCCAAGGCCCUUCGAACGGUAGUGCAGUCCCGAGAAGACUCCAGGGCCGUCUCACCCUCCCGCCCUCCCUCCACCAUGUGAAGCACCAGGCUCCCAGGUCUCCUGGAGACGGAGAACAAGGCAUCUCUAAGACGCUUCUCCUCCACAGCCUGCAACAGGAAGGAGCUUGGAAAUGAGUGUCAGCAAGAAAAGAGGGUGGAAGUCAGUCAGUGGGCUUCCACGCACUCAAGCUCUGGUUGAUGAUGAAGGCUUGGGGACUCUGACGCUCCGUGAGGCUUUGGUCAAGGUGUUCUGUUGAGGUACAGGGAACCACCUCUCACACCAAAUACAAGCUCUUCUCAGGGAAGAGACCACUGUCCUACAAUCCUUCCCCUCUCCCAGACCUCUCUGCAUCCAGCAGGGUCACUACCACACCCUCCCAGCUGACUGGGGAGCCAGGCGUUGGCUUUGGUUGACUUAGACUCGGGCAUGGACCAGGGAGGCCCUCUUGGAAGAUGACCCCAGUGAUGGCAAGAGGCCACACAGAUAGUAGGGGUGCAUGGCAGUCACCUUCCUUCAAGUGGCUCAAGAGGACAGAUGGGUGCUAGGCUGGACAGGUGCAGGGCUGUCUCAAGGUGCCCCCCCAGACCCAGGAGGCCAAACCUUGGUGCCGGUUCUGAAGGAUUCAGGCUUUACAGACUCAGCCAGAAGAUGGACAUGCCGUGUCUGUGUGCCCCCACUCUGUGCCUGGCCUCGGGUUGUCUUCCUCUGGCAUGCCCUUCUCUGCCACGUCUACAGGGCCAGGUUUAGCUGACACACUGCCAUCUCCACACAGCACUCCCACGCCUUCCCUCUGCCUCCUCAGGGUCCCCAGCACUCCCGGCUUGUUGGCUUGUUUAGGGAGCUAUCCCUGUCCCACCCACUUGCCUGAGGUCUCCCAUCUGUGUCCCCAGGCCAGGGCAGGGUUGAUGGUAUGGGUGAGGAGGAAGGCUGGCUCCCAAAGGGUUUUACCAAACCGUGUUAAGGUCCCAGAGCCAGGUGGGCUCAGACCCCAAUUGCUAGAAGCAAGCUGGGCACAAGCAGCAUGGACUUGGGCUGCCUGCUCCGAUGCCACUUGGCUUUCCCUGUGGGGCCUUCACCAGCCUGCCGGGGUCGCUGUCACCCACUUGGAUGACAGCUUCCUAGGGGAGGCUGGUCCUGUGGGGCCCUCGGUGCUGCUCUGCUGAGUGGGGCGGGAGGGGAGUGGAGGGAGCCAACACUGGUUUCUCUCAGAAGGCCUUAGGCGCAGCACUGCCCUGCACUUCCCUCUGGCCCAUGUGAGUUGCUGUACAAAAUGCUGCCUUCAUUUUGUAAGAACUUUUCUGUGAAUCAAGUGCUUAAAAAAAAAAAGCCCUCCGUAAUGGAAUAAAGUACUCUAUUUUAA